UUCUAGGCCUGCGGGCCGGAAGGGCCCAUUCCAUUUCAAACCCCUUAACAAGCAAUUUAUCAGGGUCGUCGUCGUCAUCAUUUCCUACUUCUUCUCCAUCGGCAUCUCCGAACGCAGAAACAUGGUGUCAACUCUAAUCAACGCAAACCCUAUCAUAUACGAAAAGAAAGAGCGCCGAACCCGCACCUCACCGCCCACCACCAACGACGAUUACGCCGUCGAACCUAUCGAUCAACUUGAGAUUUUCGAUCACCUGAGAGAUAUCAAGGACCCUGAGCACCCUUACUCCUUGGAAGAGCUCAAGGUCAUAACGGAGGAUGCUGUUGAAGUCGAUGAUCACCGUAGUUAUGUUAGGGUUACGUUUACUCCGACAGUGGAACAUUGCAGCAUGGCAACGAUUAUAGGUCUCUGCUUACGGGUUAAGCUCAUGAGAAGCUUGCCUUCACGCUACAAGGUGGAUAUCAGAGUAGCACCUGGAUCUCAUGCAACUGAAGCUGCAGUUAACAAACAACUAAAUGAUAAAGAGCGUGUGGCUGCUGCCCUGGAAAAUCCAAACCUUCUAGAUAUGGUCGAAGAAUGCCUUGCUCCAUCUUACAAUUGAAGAGCUUUCCCCUCAGAUGCAGUGAGACAACAUAUACUUUAAUUAUAUCUCAUUUUGGUUAUGCACCUACUCCACGAAUUGUUGUAUACUUAGUUGAAAAAUGCAAUAGCAGUAUUAGGGAUCAAGGUUUUUUGGUUAUAAUUCUAGAAUAGAUCAAAUCUUCAGUUGUAAUUGACCAAAAAAGGUGACAGACAUUUGAUGGAGGUUUAAAUUUUAAUGGCUUGUCUAUAUAUAUGAUUUAUGACAGAAUACAGUCGCAUUAUUCAUCAUUUAAUUUAUGUUUGAUCUUA